AUGGUCUCUUUUGAUGUUGUCUCCCUUUUCACUAACGUCCCCACAGCGUUAGCAGUGAAAGUGGCUGAAGCACGACUACGUGACGACAGCACCCUUCCCACACGUACGUCUCUCACAGUGGAGGACAUUAUCAUCCUGCUACGCUUCUGUCUGAACCAAUCCCAUUUUUCGUUUCGGGGGCAGGUCUACCAUCAGAUUGAAGGUUGUCCGAUGGGCAGCCUGGUGUCCGUGACAAUGGCUAAUCUAGUCAUGGAAUAUGUUGAAGAAUCUGCCUUCCAACGAUUUACCCACAACAUCAAGUUCUACCGACGGUAUGUCGACGACACUUUCGUGAUCCUAAAUCGCAACCUCCUAGACGAAUUCCAUUCGACCCUGAACAGCAUUGAACCGUCCAUUCAGUUCACUUGCGAACUUGAACAGGAGAACCGGCUCCCCUUCCUGGACGUGUCCGUACGCAGGCUCACCACCGGCCUGAUUCAAACUUCCGUCUACUGCAAGCCCUGUGAUACCGGUAAUUUCCUAAAUUUCGAAUCCUACCAUCCGAUUGAACACAAACGCAGUGUAGUGAGAACCCUGCUUCAACGCUGUGAAGAUUUCGCUUCUUGCCCGGAACAACGUACGUCCGAGGAGAUGAUAAUCAAGGAGUCACUCAUGAAACGAGGAUACCCGCUACGUUUCUUUGAGAACACACGAAAACGCAUGCACGAACCCAGGACCCGAAGGAAAGACGAUUUCCGACACGGCAUCGUCACCAUCCCAUACGUCAAAGGUGUAUCAGAAUCCAUUCGGCGAGCCCUCCUCCCGUUAAAAAUCAAGACUGCAUUCAAGCCCUGCCUGAAACUUCGUUCACUGAUUUCUAAGCCAAAAGACCAUAUUCCCCCUGAGUCCCAGACGGGUGUUGUGUAUAAAGUACAGUGUCUCGGUUGCGAGGUGUCCUACAUUGGAGAGACGGGCCGCAAGCGCAGUACAAGACUAAAAGAGCACGAACGAGAUGUCCGCAACUCAACAAACGCAACGCGAUCUAAGACAGAGCUCACCGAACAUUGUUGGAACACAGAUCACUCUUUUGACUAUGCGAAUGCUGUGACCUUAGCUAGGGAACAAAGGUGGGGCCCCAGGAAACUGCUUGAGUCAUGGCACCUGCGAGGAGAACCUUCAGUGUGUAAUACCAAUCGCGGCCCCCUCCCCGAAGUGUUCGCCGACCUGGUUAAGUAA